AGCAGAGCAGCAGCUGCCGGGCCCGGGCUGCACAGGGCGGGCUGUCGGCGAUGGGUGUGGGAGCGUCUGUCUCAGCUGUCGUUAUCCUCCUGGCAGCGCUGGUUGUGAGUAUUAACGUAGUUGUAAUUUUUGUCCUUUGUAAUGUUUCGUUACGUAGGUGAGAAGAAGCUCGGUACGGUGAUCACUCCCGAUACGUGGAAAGAUGGUGCAAGAAACACAACAGAAAGUGGUGGUCGCAAGUUAAAUGAAAACAAGGCAUUGACCUCAAAGAAGGCAAGGUUUGAUCCUUAUGGAAAGAACAAAUUUGCCAUAUGUCGGAUUUGUAAGAGUUCUGUCCAUCAGCCAGGGUCUCACUAUUGUCAAGGAUGUGCCUAUAAAAAAGGCAUCUGCUCAAUGUGUGGCAAGAAGGUCUUGGAUACGAAGAACUACAAGCAAACUUCUGUCUAAUUGUACUGACUAGUCUUUUUAUGAACUUUUAACUUCUGUGUCUUUGUACAGUAACUUUUCUCUAAAAUAAUUUGUGAAUAUUAUUUUCUGGAAUAUAACAUGUGUACUUUGAAUGAGAUGAAAGGGAAAAGACCCUGAUUGUUUGUCUAGGAAUGUACAUAAUAUUUGAUUUUUUUGUUGUUUUGUCACUAAUGUUAACUGAUGUUUAAAGGUAAUGGUUUGCAGCAAUGGAUACAGUUAAAAGUGAUUGAGAAGAUCCUAAGUGGAUAGGUUGAAACUAUGUUACCAUCGUAACACAGAUCUUUGAGAUUAACACUUAUUCUUUUGCUGUAGCUCGAGUCUUCUGCUUGUCUGAUAGUAAUAUUUUAUAGAUGAAUAAAUUAUGAGCUUAUAUCACCUCAUUAAAGUAUUGUCUUCGGUAUUGUCUUCAUUAGUUCUAUGCUCAUAGGUAUUUAUUACUCUCAAUCCAGACUAUUACAUCGUCCCCACUAACUAUUGCUCUUCAGAUUUUAAUGCAAUUGUCCUGUUGAAUUUUGUUUCUGCCUACAGUAGUGUUGCUUAAAUCACGAAUUGUUAAAUUUACUGAAAUCUAGUGUGUUACUCUGCCAGUUCUUACUUUAGCAGUAAGACUGAUUAGGUAUUCCCUUGUUAGCCUCUAAGGAUGCUUUACAUAUGGCAUCUGGUGGCCCAAGGCAAUAAAAUAAUGAGCAUCAAUUUCUAAUGCCAAGUCUCAGUCUCGUCAUUUUCUAAGUUAGUCUUGCUUUUAAAUACUUGGUUUGAAACAGGCUCUUGAAUUCUAUGAUGUAAUUGCUUAUAUACAUGUCAAAUUUGAAAGAUCAAAACAGGCUGCCUGCCUUCCAGCACUGGUUUGAUGUAAGACUUUAAGUGAGUCUCUGAACACAAGAGACUGAGUGAGUGUGGCUCUGCAUUUCUUUUGUCCUUUUUUUCUACGUAACAAAGCAAUUUCUGUUAUGGAGAGCAGUAAGUGUUCACUGUGCAUUCAUUUUAAGGAGAAAAAAUGGUACUCUUAAUUCAUGGUGGGGUUUUAACUAGACCUAUUUAAGUGUUUACUCCUCCCAGCAGCCUCCUCUAGGCAAUCACUUAUGCUUUUGCAACUUUCCUUCAACUGUAACAGGAAAACCAUCAGUGGGAGUUUCCCUAUGAAUAGAUACUCUGUUUAGGUUUCCUUUUGUUCUCAUACCUAUUACUGAGACAACUACAUGAAUAAUGGAGACUGAAAAAUAGCUGUUCUUUCUUUGUUAGUGGCAGAAAAUAAAGAAUACUGGGGAUAUUAUAUAGUUAUUCUUUUUACUCUUAGCUCCUGCCUGUGGUUGUGCUCUAAGUAGCCCACUAAGGGGGAUUGCCUGACAUUUCCUGUCACCCUUAAUUAUCCAUUAUUGAGCAUUUGUCACCAAAGUUUCAUGUUCCAAAUGUUGACAUCCUGCAGUUGCUAAAACAGUAAUUAUUUUCAUCAUUUUAUAUCUGCUAAGAAGUUUUGUCGGGAUAGUGGAAUGAGCUAGGUCCCCCAAAAGAAGAGAGGAAUGCUGCUGCUAUUAAUUUGAAAAGCUUUACCUACCUUAACAAUUGAAUGGAGGUAUGUGGAUCAGCUAGCUGGUGAUAGCUGGCAGCCUGCUAAGUAUGUUUCCAAACACAUCAAGGAAUUCUAAUUUUAGUCUACAUCUCUAUGGCACAUCCUUUGGAUGGAUGAAAAGAAAAUGUCUGUAGUUGGCUUAAAGUGCUUUCAGUAGAGUGUGUGGCAAUUUCGGGUGGCAGGUUUUCUGUUAUUUGCUGAACUCUUCACCCUUUAGGGGUGUGUUCUAUGACUGGUUGAUUUUUGCUAUUCUGUGAAUAAACUUCUUUUCUGGUCUUCCUAAAA